UAACACUAAUUUCGAUGAAACUUAUAUACGACCAUAGCCUUUUCUUACAGAAAUUGACAGGCUGAGAUAUAUGCAUUGCCAAUAUAUGGAGAGUAAAUCUGUUAACGUUGUACUUACAAACAAUGCACUUCUAAAAAACGAACUUAUUAGACGGUGGGAUAAAAAGCAACACAGAGAUGAUGUCACUGCAACACUUUUAAGCAACGGAACGAUUUCGUUCAAUUACACUAAAGAUGGAAAGGAAGCGUUUAAAAUAGAUCUAUGUGAUUGCGAUGAGAUUUCUAUUUCGACGUCGAGCAAUCAUACGUUGUGUAUUAAAACCGGGUUCAACGUAAAUCAUUUGACCCUAAACAAUAAAAGUACAGCGGAGCACUGGUAUGAUACCAUAGUGGAAGAAUUAAACAAACUUGGGUACAACUUCAACAUGGAAGUUGAUAAGAAAAAUCGGAGGAGGGCAUCGGAAAUACUAAUUAGACCUAAGACAUCAAUUAGAAGAAAAAAGGCAAUUAGUGGUGUGCCCAACCCGGACGGGUAUUCGAUGUAUAUGCAGUCAGUUGAAAGGCCAUAUGAGCUUAUAGGCAACACGGCCAACAUUAAUAAAGAAGAGAGCCAAAGGGAAUACAACUACGACAAUGUAAACAGUUCUAUGGUGAAAAUUUCCAAAACCAACAUUAAAAAAGAAUUGGACAACAAACAUUCGAGGACCAUACGACCUCUUCCUGACCCACCAAAUGAAAAACAAGAUUAUGAAGUUGAUCUAUACGCAGAUGGAAAUAAAACUGAUGGUCCGGUUGAGCCAAUCGCAAGUGUCGAUAGACUUGAACCUGUCGCAAGUGCCGAUGAUAUAAUUGACUAUCGCAUUGGACAAGACGUUAGGGUCACCGUGACCGAUGGAAAAAUGAAUUCUACUGAAAUCUUAAAUGACAGGCACCAAAAGCCACAUCUAAAAAGUGAAAAAAUUGCAAGUGUAUCAAGUAAAUUAAAGGAGAAUCAAAACAGUACCAUAUUAGAUAUUAGAACUUCAAAAAAUUCAAAAAAGUCGGGUGGACAUAUAAAUACAAACGACAAUAACGUUGGAGGACGGGGUAACAGUAGAAAAAACACAGAACAUCUGAUGCGAGAAAUGAGUCAAGAGUCGAUAAUGAUUUCAAUCAGUAAGAAGGAACUAGAAGAAUAUGUCGUUUUAGCAAUGAUGACUAGUGGAAAACUGUUCAUCGCACGGUGGAAGAAUGUGUCGCUUAAUCAUCCAUUAUAUGAGGGUGACAUGAUCUUGACCAUCAACAAACAGCGUAUCGAAUGUAUUGAAGAUGCAUUAAAAACUAUUCGAAACACAGCUACUGAUAAGGUGGACUUGGUAAUUGUUCGACUUCCAUAUGCAAAAGUUGUGGUCAUCGACCUACAAAAAAACCAAUCUGACUUUGGUUUUAAACUAGAAGGACGGACGGUCGCUAGUGUAGACGAAGAGGGUUUGGCAGCAAUGCACGGCUUACGGCUUAACACACCUAAAGCGAAACAGUUUGGGAGUUUCACAGAAACUUGUGUGACAGCUAUAAAUUGCUUACCUGUUAACCAACAUUUUACUAACGAACAGACAAUGGAAUUGCUGUCGAUGCACCGUGACUUUGUUUCUCUUGUGGUGCAGCCGCUUGAUUUGAUCACGUGUCUUCAGCGUCAGCAGAUAGAUUCACUGGAAACGUAGUACUGUACAGUAGAAAAGAAUCUGUUACACUGUAAUCAUUAUCGAAUGUGGUUUAUAAGGAUCGAGCAGAUUGUCAAAUAUUCACAUAAUCAUAAUACAUUCUACUUUUUACGGUUUAUAGGCAGUUGGCGCGUCAGUUGGGGGGGGGGGGGU